AUGUAGUUCUGCAUUAAAGCAAAGAAAGAAAGAAAAACACUUUGAUAAAUAUUGUUUAUAGUUAAAGAUCUCAUUGCUGAUAUAAUUUGUUUGUAUGUUGUUGUAAGUUGAAUUAUUCAAUUAUUUGCAUUUUCACUGUGAUUAAUUGUGGCCCAAAAAAGUCAAAGACCAAAGUAAACGCGUCAGAGGGAGGAUCUGCAGCUUUGAUGACGCUUCUAGCUUCCGUUUUUUAACCACUGCUGUUCCGUCUGUGAACAUGAAGGGACCGCUGUGCUUUGGGCUCGUGGUUGUGCUUCUGUUGGAGGUGCUGGGCUCGGUUCUGGCCGUAGACAGAUACGUCAAGGUUGGCGGUUCGCUGAACCUCAGGCCUAAAGCCUCGUCCGAUCACUUCAACAACAUCCUAUGGAAGCACAACGGGAACCUGGUGGUUGAAUGGGUGGAGGAUAAAGUGCCCGUGGAGUUCUACAGUACGUUUAAAGGCCGAUCCAGACUGGACACAACCAACGGACGCCUGGAAGUCAACAGCAUGACUAAAGCUGAAUCAGGGUUCUACUCAACGGAGAUCAACAAACUGGUCCAGAGCGAUCGAUACGACGUGAAAGUGAUCGGGGCUGUGCCGGUUCCUGAGGUCACGAGGAAACCACUGACAUGUGGGACUGGUUCUGACCAAAGAAUGUGCACCCUGGCCUGUAACGGGUUGGAGUCUAUCAAAGAUGCUGAACCCAUCACCUACAGCUGGAAGAGAGACGGGGAGGUGAUACCGGACUCAUCAUCAGCGAACCUCACCAUCACCAACGAAGAAGAUACACAACGAGUGAAGACGUACAGCUGCCUGAUCAAGAACCCAGUCAGUCAGAAGGGAGAGUGAAGCCUAUGACAACCCGUUCUUCAAGGAGCUUUCUUACCUGAAAAGAUUAUGGAACUAUCACUUUGAUUGAUUGUGUGUAUUAUGUAUUUUUAGGCUUGGUGAUAGCAGCGUUAGCUGUGUAGAAACAGAGAAAAAUCCAAGGAUGGGUUGGAGAAUGUCUACAAGUCUGAAUCUGUGACGUCUUGUAACAUGUGCAUUAAUUAAUUAAUUAAAUGUUAUUCUUUGUUUAACUACUACUAAUAACUAAGUGCAGCCCUUGCCAGAAUUUAGUAUAGUUGCCUACUGUCCUGGGAGGUGUUUGGUGUUGAUGGUGGCACAGCUCUAGAAUUUCUGUCAUGGAAAGUGAAUGAAAGAAAUGUAAAACUGUACCAUCUGGAACAUCUUCUAAAAUAUUUCUAACUUUCAUAUAUAUAUAUAUAUGUGUGUGUGUGUGUGUGUGUGUGUGUGUGUGUGUGUGUGUGUGUGUGUGUGUGUGUGUGUGUGUGUGUGUGUGUGUGUGCGUGUGUGUGUGUGUGUGUGUGUGUGUGUGUGUGAUCUGUCAUUUAACACAUCUCAUCUUUUGUAUUGCCUUCUUUAUUAAUUGUAUUUUUUAUGUAACUGAUGAAAUACAUAGAAUACGAAUAAAAAAGCCUUUAAUUGUC